AUGUCCACCAAAUUCAACGAUGAUUAUUGCGUAGCAUGCGGUAGCUCACCACCAUCACCAAGUAAAAGAGUAAAAAUUAAAUGUGCUUACUGUAAACAAGACUAUCACAUUCAAUGUGUGAACAUAAAAAUCGAAACAUACAAGGAUCUAAGCAGAGUUGCAAGAACGUCAUGGAAAUGUUCCACUUGUAUAAAUGUUACCACUCGCCGAAAAGGGGACAACACUAACACCCCGGUGUCCGCUCGACGUCCUGCGACGCUUGAUGACUCCGCUAUGUCGAUAGACGAAAUAACCCAUGUAGAUAAAUCUGACUCUGGUAGCCGUAUUCAGGAGCCUGUACCCAUCACUGGCAAUCUUACACUUAACAACAUAGCCGAACUUCUUGACUCAAAACUGAAAAGUUUUAGGGAGUCUUUCUUCUCUGAUAAAAAGUCAUCCAUCAGAAGUAAAAUAAAUGCUGCUAUUGAAAAACAAAAGAAUUCCUGA